UCACACCCGUCUGUCGAUAAACAAAACUUUUACGCUUUCAAACACACCUACAUGCACAUAUAUGUAUAUACAACCAUUAGCAUAUAUCUCUUACUAUAUGGUAUAUGGAUUCUCUUACAUUUUCCACAUAUAAAAACAAAAAAACAAAAAAAAAAUACAACGCUUAAGCCAUUUAUUCUUCAUUAAUCGUACAAACAAACACACACAUAGAACUGUAUAUGGGACUUACACCACAGCGUACAUAUGCACAUUUUGCAGGCACUGUGUGACGAGUGCGACGUCUUCACCAACCGACAGUUUGACCAGUUUGCCAGAUAAUCGCUUAGUUCGCUGGACGCUUGGCUGUUUUUGCUGCCAGCUAAUUUACCCAUCCGGCUGGGCGAGUGCUAGCUGCUCUGGCUCAUUGGGCUCAUUUGUCGAUUUGUCAACGUCUGAGUAAAGUUUUUCGAAAAUUCAACAAUCACAUUUAGUAGUAAAUUUGCUGAGCGCUGUUGUAGCGGUUUUACGACGGCGCACUGUGACGAUCAUCAUCGAGUCAGAAAGCGUUUAGAUAACACAUCUCUCCUUCGUACAUGGCGAUGACGUUUUAUUUCGCGUCAAUUUUGUUUUGUUUAUUUUAAUGAAAUUCACUUAUCUUGAAAGCGUGCCAGCAGAAGAACCCUUAUUAACUCAACGACAAAGUGUAUAAAAAUGCAUUUAGAACGAAAACGAAUGCAAUCAAAAGAGGAACAAACGAUAAAACUCAAGUGUUACUUUCCAUCUAAAUAUGUUGGUAUAAAAUAAUUAUAAAAAUUAAUAAUGUGAAGAAACAAAAUAAGGAAGCGAAUAAUUAAAUAGAAUAUUUAGACAUUUUCACAAGCUAAAUGAAUGCAUAAAAAUUGCAAAACAAAAACAAAAAUAUUGCAGUUCAUAAUUUUCCUACCGGAAAUACCAUAUGUAUAAACAAAAUGAAAUUGUUAUUGAAAGUGAAUUCAGAGAGAGCUCGCAAACGUUAUGUCGGCUUCACAGCGAACACAGCAAACACGGCGGCAACAACAGCAACAGCAACAACAAAACGCAUAAGCCAAAAUAAAACUAGUGCAAACACCUCCUUCUAUCAAAAGCUCUCCACAUCCUCUAAACUCUUAAUAUUGCUCAUCAUUGUUGUGAUAAUUGUGGCUGGUGUGGUGUUAUAUACUGAAAUACAAUUAAGUAACAAAAAAGAAAAGCCUAGUCGAAUAGUUUUCGGUAACACUUAUGAGCUUGGCACAUUUCCAAAUUUAGGAAAUGGACAUCUGGUGGUUGAUCGCGAGCAAUGGGGCGCCUCGGAAUUGUCGAAAACUCUAACAAUACCACUAAAACAUCCAAUACCUUAUGUAAUCAUAACACAUAUCGGCGUCCAGUCGAUACCUUGUUUGACCGUAUAUAAAUGCUCAAUUAAAAUGCGUACAAUACAAGACUCGGCGAUUGCGGAAAAAAACCUUCCCGAUAUACAGUCGAACUUUUAUGUUGGCGACGAUGGCAACAUUUAUGUGGGUCGCGGUUGGGACUAUGCCAACACUUAUGCGAAUGACACAUUGGCUGUUACAUUUAUGGGCGACUAUGGACGUUACGAACCCAGUGAGAAACAAUUGGAAGCGGCUCAAUAUCUGUUAUCACAUGCUGUCGCCAACAAAUUUGUUGAUGUGCAAUAUAAAUUGGUGGCACAAAAUCAGACAAAGGUGACAAAGAGCCCUGGUGCCAAUGUUUACCGUUACAUUAAAAAGUGGCCACACUUUUAUCCUUGUGGUAUUGGCGAUAAUCCGAGGUGCGGCGUUGAACUAGAUAUGCCAGAUGUUUGGAAUGGAACGAUGUAGGACUCAUAAUGAUAAUUAGAAAUUGUGUAUAAAUAACAAAUACUUGAAAAGUGAAUAAGUAAACAAACCAUAUAUGUGUAUUAUAUUUGUUAUUUUACUACACUCAUAUCCUCAUAGCGUUAAAACUCUCUAUUUGUAUAUAUUGUUAUUAGCAGAAAACCAAUUAGUAGUAAGUCAAUUUACAUUAUUUUAUUUUAUUUUAUCUAGUUAUUAGUCGAAUAAAGAGUUUGGAAGAAAUUACAAUAAAAAAUGUUUGAAAAUAAUUUA